CACUCUACCCCAAGCCAGCUCUGCCAUGGCCGCCUCCACCAUGUCUGUCUGCUCUGAUGCCUGCACCCACUCCUCCUGGCAGGUGGACGACUGCCCAGAGAGCUGCUGUGAGCCCAGCUGCUGCCAGCCCAGCUGCUGCCAGUCUACUUGCUGUGUCCCCAGUUGCUGCCAGUCUAGUUGCUGUGUCCCCAGUUCCUGCCAGUCUACCUGCUGUGGGCCCAGUUGCUGUGCCCCAGCCCCCUGCCUAACCCUUUUGUGCACCCCAGUGUGCUGUGGGUCCAGCCCCUGCUGCCAAUCUUCAUGCUGCCAGCCAGCGUGCUGCACCUGCUCCCCCUGCCAGCAGUCCUGCAGUGUGACUCUUUGCUGCAAGCCUGUCUGCUGCACACCUUCUAGCUGCCAGUCCUCUUGCUGCCAGCCAUCCUGCUGUGCGCCUGUCUGCUGCAAGCCUGUCUGCUGCACGCCUGUCUGCUGCACACCUGUCUGCUGCACACCCAUCUGCUCUGGAUCCUCCUCAUGCUGCCAGCCAUCCUGCUGUGCACCUGUCUGCUGCAAGCCUGUCUGCUGCAAGCCCUGCUCCAGCAUGUCCCUGCUCUGCCGCCCUGUGUGCAGACCCGCCUGCUGUGUGCCCACCUCCUCCUGCUGUGCCUCCUCCUGCCAGCCCAGCUGUUGCCGCCCAGCCUCCUCCUGUGUGUCCCUGCUGUGCCGCCCUGCUUGCUCCCGCCAGGCCUGCUGUGGCCUCUCCUCAGGCCAGAAGUCCUGCUGCUGAUGACCAGUCUCCCAAUGACAGAAUUUCCUGUAUCUCCAGUGAGUGAUGGGGAGCCAGACCUC